AUGCAUGCAUGGCGAGGGCGACAGCGCGGCCGGCAGUUGUCGGUCGCCGACGGAGGACGGGGCCGAACCGAACCGACGGCGACCACGCCCAGCACACUGUCGCUGCCAAUUCGAGGAGACCUGUUCAUGUUGUUAUUACCUCCGUUACUCAUCGUUCUCACGUUUACUACGACCAUCUCGGCCGAAGUUCUUUUUUUGGAACUUCCCGAAGGACCCACUGAUUGGGAGGAUGAGACCGAAAUGCGUGCUCGUAUCGCGAAUUAUACGGCUGAGAAAUUCUCACAUGACUACCAUAAUUGGGGUAGAACGGAGCCGAAACGGAAGAAGAUGGUCAAUAAAAUGGCGUUGAGAGAGAAACGAGACGGUGGUCUCGUCUCGGGUCCCAUUGCCACCGCUGUUGUGACGGGAAUGAUUGGAAUGACUGCCCGAACAGUUUCGGAGCUGACAAAUUUCCAUCCUUCACAGUCGGAAGGAGGUUGUACAUGGUUCGGCACAGCACCGUUAUGUAAUUGGCCUUGCCCUUCUGAAUAUGAUUUUAUCCGAAUGCAUAAUGGAAGAUGCUCCAAUAUGUGGUUCAGCGGUUUCUGUGUUCCAGAUGAUAGUUUUGGAAAACCGUGCUCUACCGUAUUAGGAGGUUAUUUUCACAAGCGAUUUUGUUGCAAGUCGGAUCCGACAGAAUGUACAUGGUCGGGUCGCUGGAUGGGCGCAAACACUGCACAUAACAUCUACUGUAGAUACGAUAAUGUUGGGAAAUGUGGAUCUAUCGAUUGUUCCAUUAAUCAUUUCACAUUAAAAGCUCAAAACUCUUCAGACAUCUACGGUGAUCGUUGUGAUCGAAUUGAUCUGUUCGGCUUAAAAGGAAAAGCUACUUGCGGGUACAUCGCAUGGUUCAAUGAGGAUGGUGAAAUUGUAAAUAGUUGGUAUAAAACAAGCAGGCCACAUUCGAGGUGA